GGCGCGGCGCGGCGCUUUACGGCUGUCGUGCUUCUGGUCUCCGCCAGCAUGGAGGCCGAGGAGUUGGAGAAGGAGGCUGCGGAGCAGGAGCCCCCGGAAGCGAGAGACCAGAAACCAGAAGCGGAGGAGGAGCAGGAGGAAUCCGAAGAGGCGGCUUGCGGCGGCAAGAAGCGGGUAGUGCCGGGUAUUGUGUACUUGGGCCACCUCCCGCCCCGCUUUCGGCCUCUGCACGUACGGAACCUUCUCAGCGCCUAUGGCGAGGUCGGGCGCGUUUUUUUCCAGCCGGAGGACGGGUUCGUGAGGCGCAAGAAGAAGGCGGCGGCAGCCUCGGCCACGGGAGGGAAAAAGCGGCCCAAGUACAGCAAGGACUACACCGAGGGCUGGGUGGAGUUUCGGGACAAGCGAGUGGCCAAGCGCGUGGCGGCCAGUCUGCACAACACGCCCAUGGGAGCCCGACGGCGCAGCCCCUUCCGUUACGACCUGUGGAACCUCAAGUACCUGCACCGUUUCACGUGGUCCCACCUCAGCGAACAUCUUGCCUUUGAGCGCCAGGUACGCAGGCAGCGCCUGAGGGCCGAGGUUGCCCAGGCCAAGCGUGAGACUGACUUCUACCUUCGAAGUGUGGAACGGGGACAGCGCUUCCUUGCCGCCGAUGGGGACUCCGCCCGCCCGAAUGGCACCUGGGCCUUUGCCCAGCGUCCUACUGAGCAGGAGCUGAGAGCCCGGAAGGCAGCUCGGCCCGGGGGACGGGAACGGGCUCGCCUGGCUAACGUCCAGGACCAGGCUCGCUCCAACCGAGGGCUGCUUGCCAAGAUCUUCGGAGCUCCACCACCUUCAGAGAGCGUGGAAGAACCCUCACUAGCCAGGGACUCAUGAAGGGCACAGAGACCCCUUCUGUCUCGUAGCCCUGAUAAUGUCUAUUCAGGCAGACAUUUUAUAUCUUUCUCAGACCAGGAGUCUCUGAUGAGUGCUCAGACAGACCUUUUGUGGGCCUCUCCUCCCUGCUCCCACUCCUGUUGCCUGGCAAAGGCCCCUAAUUCAUACUAGCAUGAGUAUGACUACUGCACAU